UACUAUUUCUCCCGGUAUUUUACAUUUAGCAGAAGCUUUUCGAGCUAUUGGUAAUUUGAGACGCACGUCUUUCUGUGGCCCGUAUUUAAGUAUAAAUAUAGUCGAAAUUUGCAUAAGAUGACGAAAAUAAUUGAGCUGAGACCUGAUAAGAGACUAUUAAAUACAAAUUUUCAAAAAUAUCAAUUUUCUGCUGGAACAUCCCCAGUCAUUUUUGAAAGAAGUUUGAAUCAUGAUGUUUUGAGAAUAGAGCCAAAUUCCACUCAGGACUCUUGGCUUGAAGCUAGACUCUUUGCAUUUCACAAUCACCUCUUUAGAAAUCAUUUUGAUAAUACAUGUUGGUUUAUUGACGAUACAAGAGGGGUUUGGAGAUUGAAAAUCAAUGGUACGCUGGACUUAAUUUAUACUCUUAAAGCUGUUGAUGAAAAUCAUGCAAUUCCUCUGUAUAAUCCUUCUAUUGGUUUUGCAUCUGAAAAUAUAAUAAUAAUAUCCAAUGGCUCUAAUACACUGGAUGUGUUAUUCAUUGAAAGUAUGGGAACAGCGAAACCAAUUGAAUUAUAUAAGGUUGAUGCUGGAGUUCUUCUGGAUGUAGAGUAUGUCGUGGACACUUCAACAAUUAUAAUUGCAUUAUGCAAUAUACUUGACUUCGAAGGAAAGAAAUGCUCCAAUCUGAACAUCCUUUGGUAUCUUUGCGAAUACAAGGACAACUGUUUGGAAAAUCUGAAACUCACUCAUAAGCAAGUCCUGAGAGUAAAAGGUGUUAUCGACUAUGUGAAAGUAGAAAACAAUGGAAAUUAUUUACACAUUGUAAGUCAAGACUCUGCAAUAUUUGAAUAUGAUUCUAUAAAUCCUAUAGACAAAGAGAAGACACAGCACAAAAAUGUCUCAGAAAUAAAAAUUCCAAAGUACUGUUGGUCUCAAGACGAAGAUACACUUACAGUCUGGAUAAAAGUACCUCAACACAUUGAUAAGAAAUUAAUUACAGUUGAUAUAACAGCAAGCAGUCUGUCAAUCAAGUUAAAAGAUACAAUAUUGAUAGAAGGUGACACUCAAUACCGACUUGAUCCUGAAUUAACAACCUGGAGUCGAGAAAGUGAUUCUCUGAAAGUUGACCUGGUCAAAUACGAAAGUGGUCAGAUGUGGAAUGAGUUGAUAAAAGGCGACAUAGGCGGAGAAUGCUUGCCCAAUGAAACUCUAGCUGCAGAAAUUCAUUCCAGAUUAGCGCAUCUGUGUACCGAUCAACCAGAGAGGGAAGGACAGUCUGCAAUAGGAUUUAAUGCUGAACAACUAGAGGAAUGUGAUCUCCAGGGUAGGGAUAACUUCCUUCAGAGACUAGAUUUGAAGAGUCACAAAGUAAUACAUCUGGCCAUGCUUGGAACAAGCAACCACAUUCUCUUCACAAUUAAAUUGAAAUCUAGCCAAAUACUCUGCCUACGACACGAGCACGAUGCCUGCAUCUGGAUGCCCGGAGAAGUCGAGAACGACCACUGGCGAUUCAAGCACAUCUAUACGUUUCCAGGGUUUGGCUAUGUAGAAGCUGGCAAGACUAAUAAAAAAUUUUGCGUCUCCCCACCAGCUGGAACCUAUGUAGCCAUUGUAGAACAUACAAGGCAUUCUUUCCUAUACGACAGACCUGAAAAUGGUUCUCCUGUAGCAAAACAACAGAUUGUAGAUUUAGGACCCGACACUUCUCCAAUUAUGGGUGCUGUUGCCACAAAUAAAUAUUUGAUACUCUUAACUAAGGAUAAACUGUAUCAGCUAGAGAUCAAAUUUUAACACUAAGUAAUCUAAGGGAGUCUCAAGGUAUCUUGUAAACUCUAUAAUGCAUUUUACACGUAUAAAUAAUAAUAUAUAUUAUCAACGUUUA